GUUGACCUCCAUAGAUUAUAUUGAACUGGAGAGGAAAAUUGUCAACCCAGUGGUAAAUGCUAGAGAAGUAGUGAUCAUGCAGAGUCUUUCUGAUAGGUUUCUUUCAGCCUUCACUGAGGCAGUGAAAGAGAACCCCAGAGUGUUUUUACUAGAAGAACAGGAUAUGUGCAUUGGCUGCAUGGCCGUAAAUGCAGACGUAAAGCUACAGCGUCGAUGUGGCACAACAAAUGCAGGGGAAGGAGGAUGUGUUACAUGCUAUUGCCGACCAAUGUGGUGCUUAACAUGUUUGGGCAAAUGGUUUGCUGCUCGACAGGAUCAAGACCAGCCAGAAAUGUGGUUGUCUUCCAGAGCGCCAUGCCCCACUUGUCGUUCAGCGUUUUGCAUUCUAGAUGUUUGCAUUAUUUCAGAGAGCUGAUAACAUCCAUGUAUAAAAUGAAAUAGUGAAAUUUCUUUAAAGAUGGCAUGUGUAAUGUGAAACAAUUUCUUGCAAAUUACUUUUCAAAGUCAAAGUGAUGUCAUAUAACUAAAUAUUGAUUAUAUAAGUAAAGAUAAAAUCUUUUUCUAUUUCAUAUUUUUUCUUUUCUAUUUUAAUUUCUGUUGAUGAUCCUUUUUCUUAUGUUCAAGCUGUUUCAUGUUCUAGUGUAAAUUAAUUGCAAUUGAUAGUCUUUUCUUGCAUGUUUGAUGAUAUUUGUAUGAAGGAAACAAAACAGAAGGGACUCUUCUAAAGACUAAAAUAUAAGGUUUGAAAAUUAACAUAAGUCAAUUAUGAAUAUGUUUUUGUUGAAAUCAGAUUUAUAUUUUUUACAUAAACCUAGUUAUUUUUUUGUCCUUCAGAUUUCAUGUGGAACAUAUUUACACUUUUAUAAUGGUGGCAUAGGGCCGCGGUGGCUCAAUGGUUAGAGCGUCGGACUCAAGACUGUCACGACGGCAAUCUGAAUUCGAGGGUUCGAGUCACCGACCGCCGCGUUGUUCCCUUGGGCAAGGAACUUCACCUUGAUUGCCUACCUAGCCACUGGGUGGCCAAGCCAGCCCAAGUCAAGUGCUGGUCCCAAGCCCGGAUAAAUAGAGAGAAUGAUUACCUAAAAAGGUACCACCGGCACUCUCCGUGGAAAGGAACUGGGGACCCUACCACGUACUCACUCCAAGAGCAUCACAACGUGAAAACUGCAAUUAAGUAUCAUGCUGUGACCACGGCGGCUCAGACAUGAACCUACCGUUAAAAGAAGAAGAAUGGUGGCAUAUAUGUUUGAUAACAUAAAUUUUGAAUGGUCACUUAAAAAAAUAAUGUCAAAUUAUGCGGUGAUGAUGAAGAAUCCUAGUCUGGACAGUGCAUUGUUCUAGUGUUUCUCUUUAAACUAUUGUGCAAAGAAAAACACACAAAGAAAGUUGAAUUAAAUACAUUGUGGUAAUGACUGUGGUAAUACAUAAUUUUAUCAACAUUGUAAUAAAAUUUUAAUAUCACCAUAAUAAUGUUUGUUAUGAUGUUGAUAUGAACAGACAAGCAGAUGAUAGUAACUGUAGCAUCAGUGACAUCUAAUGAUGAUAAAAAUAGUAAUUAUCAAUAUUAUUGUUAUACAUGUUACAUAACUGUUAUGAUUAAAUAUGUCACCAUUACAAA